CGGAAGUUUUAUAACAGCUGAGUUAUGUACACAGCAGUCUCACCAUGAGCUAAUGUUAUUUUCCAUUUAAAACUUAAAGUUUAAGCUUCACAACAGCCAACAAAAUGGUAAACCUCGGUCUCACCAAAGUGGACGACGCUCUGGCAGCAAAACACCCGGGUUUACAGAGUUAUGCUGCCUGUCAGUCUCAUGCCUUCAUGAAGGGGACUGGGACCUUUAUACUUGGUGCUGGUGGUUUAUUUGCCAUUCAGAAACUUCUUCAGAAGAGGCUGCCUUAUCCUCUUCAAUGGAACCUGCUCAUUUCAAUAGUGGCAUCCUCAGUGGGAAGCUAUGCAGUGACUCGCUGGGAAACGCAGAAAUGCUCAGAUCUCUGGUUGCUGCUGGAAACAGGCAAAGUUCCAGACAGAUCGCCACCGCAGGUGUCUCAACCAGAGGUACCAAAGGGACCUGAGAAGACAAAAUAUGGCGAUGUGAUGGAGUGAAGUUUUAAAUGAAUUGUGUAUCUACUGUAUAUAACUACACAUUUUCAGAAAAUGUACCCUGGUGGAGAUAUUCAGACAAGCUGGGAUGGUGCUGGUCGUGAGAUAGUUCACACUGUUUAAUUGCAUCCCAGUUUUUUUUUUCCACCUCCAUUUUUGCACCACAUAAAUGAAGUGCCAUUUUUUUCCAGUUUCAGAGUUUGUGGAGCUUUUGAAUUUCAUAACAGCAUUACUGUGUGGAUAAACAGAUGAGUUUCCCAAAUCAGAGGUCAGUUAUUAGUCGGGGUUUUUAGGAGGAAUCCCAUGUUAAGCUUGUGAUCCGGUAUUAUUUUUUGGAUGUGUUUGUUUGACAUGCAACAGAAUUAAUGCGGCACUACCAAAACCAGCCACUAGUUGUCACUGUAUACCUCAUGGGAUCAGCAAAGCUGUAUGUUGUACUCAUUGGUGAGUGAACCAAAGUGGUACAUGACCAGUCUCUGUUUUCAAGCUAUCUAACUGGCUAUGACAGUUUUAAUCAUAUGCUUUGGACAACAAUAACUGAUAUGAUUUAUUUAUCUUUUUAAAGAGAUCAGCAUUCGUAGCUAUUUAAUAAAAUGCUCUGGGCAGCAGUGUAAUCCACAUGAAAUCAUUUACUGUUGUUGCUUUAAUCACUGCAUGUUCAUUCAUCAGUAUUCAGUUCAGCGAUGCUGUAAUGAACCCUGCAAUGUCAGGAUGACUAAAUAUUAAUCCUGUUUGGAUUUAUGUCAAUUUUGCAUCUGUGCAUAAAUAAAUUAUUUGAGGUUAGGUGCUAAUUUAGAGUGCACAUGAGCAGUGGGUUUGAAUAUGAAAAAAUGGGACAAAACAUGUAGAUGCCAUUGCAAAUAGUCACUGGAUUUAGUCAGAAGUAAACGUGUUCUCCUGUGAGAGUCUAUCUCCAUCCUGCUGAAAGCUGCCUUCUGAUUAUUUUACUCAUGAAUUUGCUUUAUGAAGACAUAAAAAGAUUCACAUA